UUAAACUGCUUUCACUUCCGGUGUGUUUAUGGAAGAAGAACCCUCGCAUCGCAACCGGCAGGCGCUCCUAAAAAUAAAACGUUCGGACCGUGACACUUUUUAAAACAAUUUUUAUUUUCCUAUUUAGGCAACAUCAAUUCUUUAAAACUCUGCUCUUCAAAAUUUGUCACUCUCGGCUCUCUGACACGUUUGCUCGCACCGGUAGCCUCGUUAGCUGACGUUAGCUCGGCGUCUCUGCCUAAGUUUGAAAUCCGCGGCCAGGAACAAAAGUUGGCCAAAGUGUGAUGGAACUACAAGUCGGAUCAGAACCCAUGACCCUGGGCUCCCCCACGUCCCCCAAGCCCACCCUGGGCGCCCAGUUCCUCCCAGGCUUCUUGAUGGGUGACCUGCCUGCGCCUGCAAGCCCGCAGCCCCGCCCUUUCAGCCUGUCCACGCCCAUUUUGGAGAGCACAAGUGCCCUUAAAGGAACAGGAAGCUCCGCCCCACAGCCUGUAGUCCACACCCCGAAGGACAAAAGCGGAGCGCCGCCCAUUCGCAGCAUCCACGACGAGCUGGUUUCUACAGGAACGCCUCUGAGCGCCAACAGGCAGUCUUUUCCCAUUAUGCACUCCCCAGCGUCGGCCCGCCAGGCGUCCACUCCAGGUACACCAACGCUGCCUCUCAAUCGGCGUACUUCCACACUUCAGCUUUUUUUUUGUCCAGGUGUGCAGCAGGUGUGCAUGUCUCCAGCUCAGGUGGACCCCUUUUACAGUCAGGGAGAGGCUCUGUCCUCUGAGGACCAGCUGGACCAGACCUGGGUCACCGUCUUUGGUUUUCCUCCUGCCUCUGCAUCCUACAUUCUCCUGCAGUUCGCUCAGUAUGGAAACAUCCUCAAACACACGAUGGCGUCUCCUGGUAACUGGAUGCAUCUUCAGUAUCAGUCCUGGCUGCAGGCAAGGAAAGCCUUGUCCAAGGACGGCAAAGUCUUCGGAGACGCCAUCAUGGUGGGCGUCAAACCCUGCAUCGACAAGAGUGUGAUGUUGGAAGGAAGCGAGGUCGCCGCCUCUCCUCGCCGCAGCUCCGCCCUCCCCUCCACCCCGCGCUCCGCCAUCAGGCCGCUCAGCGCCACCUACAGGAGCUCGGGCAGCGACUACCAGGUGGUGACGGACAGACAAACUCCAAGGAAGGACGACAGCUUGGUUUCCAAAGCAAUGGAGUACAUGUUUGGUUGGUGACAUCAUCAUGACUUCAUCAUGACAUUGGUGCUGCUGAUUGGAUGAUUGGAGACUGUGUGUGUGUGUGUGUGUGUGUGUGUGUGUGUGUGUGUGUGUGUGUGUGUGUGUGUGUGUGUGUGUGUGUGUGUGUGUGUGUGUGUGUGUGUGUGUUCUUUUAUCAUCUGAUUUUUAAUGUGUAAUAAAGUUUGUACAUGAA